AUAACCUCACGUUUUCAUGCAGACCUCGACAACAAUGACGAAAAUCUCAAAGGAUUGGACGAUGAAGUUCGAAAUGCUCACGAAACGAUCUUUAGGCCUCUCCAGCUGUGGACUGGCCGAGUCCCUCCUGAAAUCCGUGAGCUAAUUCAACAAUUUAACUUGGCCCUAAGAAAGCAAUUGAGGCAAAUCGAAGCACUCAAACGUCGAAAGCUUGCCAAGAGGGUAAUCCUAGCGACUGAGAUAUCUCAGGAGAUAAGCGCGGUGAAGUCCUGUAUCAGUAAUGCUGUCUCCCGUUUCACGACUGCGGCGACAACUCUGAAUCUCUUCCACACAAUUCGGUUAUCGGUGGACUAUGAACUCUCGAAACUCUACAAAGCGAACGCGGAAUACUCUGCCGUGGAAAGCAAGUCGGAAUGCCUGGAAAACACUCGGGUCCGGAUUCAGGAAUUAAUACUCGAUCACUUGGAGAAACGGGAGCACCGAUUUGUUUGGCUUCGUGGCUCCCCCGGCACUGGAAAGACUGCUAUAUCAAAGAGUGUUGCCUCAACACUUGCCAAACGGCGCCGCUUGGCAGCGUCUUUCUUCUGGGACAAAAACCAAGUGGGAACAGGAGUCGAUUCGAUUAAGCACUUUCCCUCUACUCUUGCACGCCAGCUCGCGUUGUUUAACACCGAGUACGAGAGUCUUCUUGUCAAUCAGCUUCGACAGCCCUCUUCACUGGAGGAUAUUCUAGGCUCCACUCUGGAAAAGCAGAUGAGAGCUUGGAUCGUCAAACCCAUGCUUAAACUUCUAUCUCUGGGCGAGGAGCGCUUCAUCAUCGUCUUGGAUGGACUAGACGAGUGUGGGGCUCAGGAAGAACUUGAGUCUUUAAUGAAGCUAGUGUUUAUCCUCGAUGAGCUGCCAGCCGCGUUUGCUGUGUUUGUCAGCUGUCGUCCAGAGUCAUCGGUCAUGUCGGCUUGGGAUAAGGCCCGGGCUCAGGGCCUUGUCAUACCAUAUGAAAAUGUAGAUGCUAUCGCGAAGGGCGAGAAGUUCCACACUAUCCGCCGCAUGGUCGAGGAAGGCCUUCAGGGUUGCAUCGAGAAGUCUGCCUGGAAGCCGUCAAAAGAGGAUAUCGAUGCAUUUGCCUCGGCCUGUCGUGGGUUGCCGAUUAUUGCCUCAACCCGAGUCCGGGAUGUUUCUGUUCGAACUCGUCGUGGAGCAACCCUUCGAUCGGAGUUCGAAUACAUCCGUGAUCUCGCCGAUGCUCCCACUGACGUCAACUCAGAGUACUUGCGCAUACUUCGCCGUGCUUAUAUGUUCGACUCAUCUGGAGUUCCUCCACAUAUAGCCGAGAAGUAUCACCAAGUGGUUGGCACAAUCAUUGCAGCACGCGAGCCGCUAAGUGCAUUUUCUAUGUCACAGCUGUUAGGAAUUGCCGAGGAAGAUGUCCUCGCUAUUUUGGAACCGAUUAGGUCAAUUGUAAAUCUCUCUUCAAAAAGUGGCUUGGCUCGGAAAGUGGCUCAGAAAGUCCCUCGAAGGACAUGAAGGGUGUCAAAUUCUAUCAUGCAACAAUGAAAGAGUUCAUAAUGGGGGAUUCGAUUGGUAAUGAAAAUGACAAAGCAUUCUUUAUCAAGGAUGCAAAUCAGUAUUUCAUCGGACUACCACUCCUCCGAUUUUUCAAUAAUUGUUGUGAGCGGGGUGUGUUUGGGGAGCCCGCCACUCUCCCUUUAGGAGAUAAACGAAAAUGGAGCGAUUUUCUGAAGGGAGAACGCCCCCAUCAUCUCCGAUAUGCUCGUGAAUACUUAUUAGAACACUUGGACCCCUCACAACUCUUUGCGCAAGAGUCCAAUUUGCAGAACGAGUUUGAUACAUUCCUCACGCGAAACUUGGUUACAUUUAUGCACAUGGCGCAAGACGACGAAAGGGACAAGGGAUUCCCUUAUGGAUUUGAUGAAUUCAAGGUAAAUAAAAUCAUUGUGCCGCGAUCAUUUCAAUAUGAUGUC